CCACCGCCCUCAUUUAAGCCUCAAAUCCAAAUCCCUAAUUUUCCUCCUCUGCCCUCUUCUUCUUCGUUCGUUACUGCUGCGUAUGCUGUCGAUUCACUUCUCCUCUCUACUCAGUCCUCACCACUUCACUCUUGCGUCUCGAUCAGCUGCUCUGGCCUCUACUUGUGUCUCCACUUCUCCGUCUCGCCUCUUCUCGCGUCUCCGCUUCUUCAUCUCGCCUCUGCUAGCGACUACCGUCACGCAAUUGCGUCUUGCCUUCAUCUUUCUGUCGCGGUCGGUGUUUCUCCCUCUGGACCCUCCCUGUUGUCCUCAUUAUGCGUCAUCGACAACCGAUUCUUCUAUGAAGAUCUUGAACUGGGCAUUGGAGGCCUUUAUUAGUUGUAAUAAAAAGAGGCAUGUUUUCACUUGGCUGGCAGGAAUCACCGAAGCAGAGGGUGGAGUAGUAGAAGUUUCUAUUCUUUUCUUUUGCCCCAAACCUUAACUUCUGGAAGAUAGGUAUCUCCUGGAUUCUGCUGUAUUCUUCUAAACAUUUGAUGACUGCAGCCUCUUCCUCUAAAUACUUUUCCUUCCUGACAAGUUUCCUUCUAUUCUGCCUGGAUCUUGGAGUUUUCCACUUCUAUUUCAUAAUCUUUGCUAGGAGACUAAUACUUCUUAGUAUUUAAGCCCCCUAGAGAUCUAUAAUCUAUUGGGUUAGUUUUGCUUGACAUACUUUUGUAAAGUGACAAUCUGGUGAACAGUGGAAAAUGGAUAUCUAUUCUGAGGAGGAAAAAACAGAGGAUUACCUUUUUAAAAUUGUCUUAAUUGGGGAUUCAGCUGUGGGAAAAUCAAAUUUGCUUGCAAGAUUUGCUAGGGAUGAAUUCUAUCCCAACUCAAAGUCGACUAUUGGAGUAGAGUUCCAGACCCAAAAGAUGGGUAUUAAUGGAAAGGAAGUUAAAGCACAGAUCUGGGAUACAGCUGGACAGGAACGCUUCAGGGCUGUUACAUCUGCGUAUUACAGAGGUGCAGUGGGAGCUCUCCUGGUAUAUGACAUAAGUAGGCGCCAGACAUUUGAUAGUGUUGGCAAAUGGCUUAAUGAGCUCCAAACACACUCUGACAUGAAUGUAGUAACUAUACUUGUUGGCAACAAGUCUGAUCUGAAGGAUGCCAGAGAGGUAUCCACAGCUGAAGGCAAGGACUUGGCAGAGGCACAGAGUUUGUUUUUCAUGGAAACUUCAGCACUUGAUUCCUCCAAUGUAACUGCGGCAUUUCAGACAGUUGUUAGAGAGAUUUUCAAUAUAUUAAGCCGGAAGGUUAUGUCUAAUGAAUUCAACAAACAGGAUGCUCCUUCCAUGGGAAAUGGGAGGACUGUGGUUUUGCAAGCAGAUGUAAACCAGGAAGUUGAUCUAGACCCAAAAAGACGAGGAUGUUGCUAGUCUUAAAGCCAUAGGAACUCAGGUGUUGGUUAAUUGUCUCGCCGCAGCUAGUUCUACGACCCUGAAUUUUACCUCUAAUUUUGCCCGUAUUUCUUCUUCUCCAUUUGUUAAAUUUUCUUGAUUUUGUCUAAAUGUUUCUUUAGUAGCAUGGCUGACUCGUCCUGAGUUUAUGAUGGCUGAAGAAGACAAGUUAAAGGAUUAGCAAGUGUAAAUGACUGGAAGGGGAUAUAAAAGUAUUACAUGAUGACAUAUUGCUUUAAAGAUUAA